GAUCAGCACAUCAAUAUUCCCCACAGCUCUAUCCUUCCAAGCCCUAUCCACACAUUCUUUCUACACCAGCAGCUCAAACAAUGUCUGCCUAUGCAGGCCAGACUCAGUAUUCGGGAAUGCAGCAGCCCGCGGUCUACACAGCCUACUCACAGACAGGACAGCCCUACAGCCUGCCCACUUACGGCAUCAAGACAGAGAGUGGACUCCCACAAACUCAGUCUCCGUUACAGAGUGGGUGCCUCAGUUACAGCCCAGGGUUCUCCACCCCACAGCCAGGCCAGACACCUUAUUCUUACCAGAUGCCAGGUUCUGGUUUUGCACCAUCAUCUACUAUUUAUGCAAAUAAUUCAGUUUCUAAUUCAACGAAUUUCAGCGGAUCACAACAGGAUUAUCCAUCCUACACAGCCUUUGGCCAAAACCAGUAUGCACAGUAUUACUCCGCAUCAACGUAUGGAGCAUAUAUGACAUCAAAUAACACAGCUGAUGGCACAUCGUCCUCAACCUCAACCUAUCAGUUGCAGGAAUCUCUCCCAGGACUGACUAGCCAACCAGGUACAGAUCUUCAUCCAGAGUUCGAUACCGUGCAGAGCCCCUCCACACCCAUUAAAGAUCUUGAUGAGAGAACAUGUAGGAGUUCUGGCUCAAAGUCCCGAGGAAGAGGCCGGAAAAAUAAUCCCUCCCCGCCUCCCGACAGUGACCUGGAGCGUGUGUUUGUCUGGGACUUGGAUGAAACCAUCAUUGUUUUUCAUUCACUGCUCACAGGUUCUUAUGCCCAGAAGUAUGGCAAGGAUCCUCCCAUGGCUGUAACCCUUGGACUCCGAAUGGAGGAAAUGAUUUUUAAUCUUGCUGAUACGCAUUUAUUUUUUAAUGAUUUAGAGGAGUGUGAUCAAGUUCAUAUAGAUGAUGUCUCCUCUGAUGAUAAUGGGCAGGACCUAAGUACCUACAGUUUUGCAACUGAUGGCUUCCAUGCAGCUGCAAGUAGUGCAAACCUUUGUUUGCCAACAGGUGUAAGAGGAGGGGUUGACUGGAUGAGGAAGUUGGCUUUUCGUUACAGAAGAGUAAAAGAAUUAUACAACACCUACAAGAACAAUGUCGGAGGACUGCUUGGCCCUGCCAAGAGAGACGCAUGGCUGCAGCUAAGGGCCGAGAUUGAAGGUUUGACAGACUCCUGGCUAACAAAUGCACUUAAGUCUUUAUCAAUUAUUAGUACUAGGAGUAACUGCGUAAAUGUCUUGGUAACGACAACGCAACUGAUCCCAGCACUUGCGAAGGUUCUACUCUAUAGUUUAGGAGGUGCUUUCCCCAUUGAGAAUAUUUACAGUGCAACUAAAAUAGGAAAAGAAAGUUGCUUUGAACGAAUAAUGCAAAGGUUUGGCAGAAAAGUAGUAUAUGUUGUAAUUGGGGAUGGUGUAGAAGAAGAACAGGCAGCAAAAAAGCACAACAUGCCCUUUUGGAGGAUAUCAAGUCACUCAGACCUGUUGGCUCUACAUCAAGCACUGGAAUUAGAGUAUUUGUAA